AGGAGUCGACUCCUUUUGACUCCAACAACAGGAGUCAGAUUCGGGGUCGACUCCAAAAAUCUCGGAGCACAUUACUUUGACCACCGCGCGUUUCCAUGGUAAUUCGAUUGUUGGUCGAGUUCAACUGACAUCUUUACUGCAUCUACAGUAUGGAGUGGCCCCUGCAAAAGCAACAAAAGGUUCCAUGGUUACCAUGCGUAAACACGCACGAGUGGAUCAAGAACCAGCGCUACUCCCCAAGAGUAGACGGCCAUGACAGGUCGAAUGCUGAAAACAGAACUGGUGUCGCUACCUAUCAAUUUACAAUAGGAGGACAUUAGAUACAAUAUAAAUCCAAAACUGUUUCAUUUGACUAGGUCUAUAAUCGCAGCACCCAAAAAUGGAUGAUUUGGAGAUAGAGGAACAACUGGCGCGAAUUAAAAAGAGAGAUUUAUUGCAGACAUAUUUCUACAAAAUGGCAAGCAGAGUGUUCGGUCCCGCUAAAACACGGGACAGGGUUUUCAUCGCGCCACCGAUGCCCAAACGGCCCGUUUGCACGCCGAAGCCUGAAAGCCAAGUGCUGACAAAAUGCCGAUAUGGGUCAGUGGCGGCCAUGGUGUCGGGAACAGGGGACAGAGUCAGUGGUGCUCCAAUGACAGUGAUGCCUUUGGAAGUUAAUGACGCGAAGCACCAAGACUGGGUUAACCAAAGGAGGUCAUUUCGUCGACAGUUCGAUAGUCUCGGAGACUUGUCGAAGUGGGUUAACAGCAAGCCGACGGUUACCGAGCUGGAGAUGUUGGUUGUGGAAAGAGAGAAAAAGAAGCAGAGAACUCCCUCACCUGUCCUGGGUUUUACUUUGACACCCCCUGAGACUCUUAAGGCCAGAACACGUGCCAGCCCGACCCGUCCUUCUCGGCGGGCUAAUGUGCCUCGCACACGCGCAGCGCGGUCCCAACUGCACAAGGUAAAGGAGGUAAGGAGGUACCUCCGCACUCACAAGCUCCGACCCUCUGAACUGGCCAAGAGGCUUGACAAACAUGGCACGGGACGCAUAAGUCGGAAUGACCUCCGAGCUGUGUUUGAGAAGGAGGGCCUCCCUGUGGUGCCAGAGCAUCUGGAUGACCUGGUGUCCACUCUUAGCUGCAUGGAAGGGGACACAGUGACAGUGAAGGACUUGGCGGAGGGAAUCAAGGCCUGGAGCCUAGAGAGGGAGAAGGAGGAGAGUACCAGCUGGGGCCGCAGGGGCCUGACAGAGAGAGGAGAGCUAGAGCUGGAGAAAGGAUGCAACAGGGAAAUAGAGAGAGUGAGGUGCAGGGAGCAGCGGUCUCCGAGCAUCCCAGCACGGAGGCCAGUGUGGAGCCGUGGUCUUAAGCGUGGGACAGGGAGGCAUGGUGCCCAGCUCCUGCCCCUCCCCAGUCCUGAGCUGUGCCUGCAGACUCCCCUGUCUCUAGAGGAGCAGCAGGAGCAGGCCCUUAUCCAGCAGCACCGCCGCAACAGGAACAAGGAGGGCAUGCAGGAUGAGGAGGUGCUGGCCAUCAUGAGGACAGUGUGUACAGGGAACACCACCCAGGAUGCCCACUCCCACCCCUCCUCUCUGGGAGGAGACACGGCCCGAGCGUUGGACAAGUUCAGGAGGCAGUGUCUGGGGGAGUACCUGGACUCACUGGACCAGUGUCACACACAGGGGGUCACAGUCAACCAGGCCACACUGGAGAGAGUUCUGCUGCAUCCAGGGGACCAUGUCCUAAAGGGUCCAGAGAGUGUCUUGCUGAGGCAGGCAGGAACCAAUCCCAUGCCGGGGUGUGGGGGCCGUCUGAGGACCUGGAUCGGUUACAGCAGCAGUACCCCGCGGGGGGGUGAGGAGAAGGAGGAAGAGGAGCAUGGCCUGGAGGAAGAGGCCACUCUACACAAAGUCUGCAAGGAUACGCCUUUGUACCCCUCCCAUAGGUCUGUACGUCGGGGACCCAAGAUGAUGACCCUGUCCACAGGUCGAGCUGAGGUCAGACACAAGACAGAGUGCUGGCUGACCAGGGAGGAGUACACCCACAUGACCAGCAACAUGAGGGAGCCGUCCAGCCGUAGAGCCGACCCUAACGCGUUCUGGACUGGUCAGGACAACCAUGUGAGACUCUACCUGCCCAGAGUGGGCCUGUCUCCCGAGGGGGUCCUCUUUGAGCACAUCAUCCGCUCUCCCGCCCCAAGCCCCGGCAGCUGGCCUGUCAACGACAAGGGCUACUUCACCUCUGGAGACAUAGAUGGACACAAGGCCUACACCCUGUAGAGCACUUUACUCCAUGCUCCAGAUACAAUAUUGUACUUUCAUGUGGGAGUUCAAAGACUUUUUGCUGUUAGAUUAUGGUUACAGUCUUAUCCAAGGGUCUCCUCUUCAUUUCACGAGGCUAUUUUUAAUUGAGAUUAUUUUGUCUUUGAAGCUAAUAAAGACUAUAAUAUAAAGUGAAUGUCCAGUCAGAGCAGUAUCCUUUUAGGUGAGUAGUUUUUAAUGACGAUCUCUCAAGACUGUCAUACUGCUUUAUGGCAUACAGUCACAUUGUCGUGCAAAUUAUAGCUAGAGUCUGAAAGAAUUAUAUGGAUUUAUUGUUUGUCAAAUUAUUGAGCAUGUCAACUCAUAAGCAUCAGAAAUUGUCCUUAUUUAACGUAUCAAGAUCUUGAUAUGGACCUCAGUCAAGUGCAUAUGCAUUGUAUGUGCAGAGAAAAUAUACUAUGUAAGCCUACUGACAGUAUUUAUCAUCAUAGAGAAAAUAUUUUCAUAUAGAUAGAUAUGGACUUGCAUAUUUUAUUAUUUUCUCUAUCUAUUUGAGUUGACAACAUGCUCAAUUUGACAAACAAUAAAUCCAUUUAAUUCUUUCAGACUGGCUAUAAUUUAAUUAUAGUUUAAUAUAAAAAUUAUAAUGGUAAUGUUAAAACCCCACACAAAAGUAGCGUAGCAACAAGAAUGACAUUUUCUGUGGUGUAAGUCAAUAUCCGGCCAUAUGAUAUCUGGAGGGAAUCCAAAAAUGAUUGGGGCAUGAAAGAAAAAUAUGGAUUUCAUGUUUGUCUGAAAACUCAGAAAUGCAUCAUAUCAUCCUGAUUUUCAGCAUAUCAAGAUCCUUAUAUGGACCUCAGCCAAGAGAAGCAUUUCUGGAAUCAAUAUGGCUUACUAUAUAUGAAUGUUCUGAGAAAAUACAGAUAUGCGAUUUAUACAAUCCAGUAUUUGUCAACUUGAAGAGAAAGAAUAGCAUGUCACCUAGAAUAGCAUGUCAUUUAGAAAGUAUUCAGACCCCUUGACUUUUUCCACAUUUUGUUACGUUACAGCCUUAUUCUAAAAUGGAUUAAUCAUUUUUUCCCCUCAUCAAUCUACACACAAUAUCCCAUAUUGAUAAAGCAAAAACAGGUUUAGUCAUUUUUAGAAAUGCAUAAAAAAACUGAAGUAUAAAAUUUACAUAAGUUCUCAGACAUUUUACUCAGUACUUUGUUGAAGCACCUUCAGCAGAGAUUACAGCCUCGAGUCUUCUCAGGUGUGACGCU